AUAUUUAUCAUAUUAUUAUUCAUGUCUAAAAUCUGAAGUCGAGUGACAUACAGCCAUACAGUGGAUAUAUAACUUAGACCUCAAGUUUCCAUUGCAUAGAUAAUUUCGGGCAGAUGUACACACAUACAAAUACUACACGUCAUAAUAUAUUUUAUAAAUUUUAGGUACGUAUUUGUUUUUAUAAGUAUUCAUAUUUUUUUCAGAAUUAAUUAAAUAAUAUACGAAGUUUUCCUUACAAUCAUAGAAGUGGUUGGAUGUGUUUGGCUUAUUUCUGAUUUUUGCCUUCAAAGAAAUAAUAAUGACAACGUCUCUACAGUUUGAUUCAAAUACUAUGAGAGUUAUUUUGGCUGAGAUUCUAGAAUCUCUUACAACCUGUGAAAAUGCGUUGAAUUUAGAAGAUGCUAAGAGUAAAGCUGGUAAUGAUAUGCUAAAAGUUAUGCAAUAUGUUUAUCCAAUAGUUGUCAGUACUCAGAUGGAUGUAAUUAAAAAAUAUGGGCUUCCUGAAGGACGAGAAGGAAUAAUAAAGUUUACCAGAAGUGUAGUGGCAUUUGAAAAAGAUGAUAGAGUAGUAGCUGAUCUUCACCGCCAGAUACGAUCAUUUUAUUUACCACCAGUCAAUGUUUCUAGUGCUGUGACUUCACAUGUGUAGAUUAAUCAUUUUAAUUAUAAGAAACACUAUACGAAAGUUAAAAUAAAUUAUUUAAUGUUAAAAUAAAAAUAUUUAAAAACUUUUAGUUAUUUAAUUUUUCUCUCUUAUUAAUAACUUAAAUCUAUGAUUAAAUUGUUAUAACAUUUUUUACUUAGUUUAAAUUUCUAAAUUAAGUAUUAGAAUUAACUAAUUAAGUAAUAAUCAUUAGAAUGUAUUAUAAAUUUAAAAGGUAACAUACAAAUUUAUAUGGGGUUUUUUUUUUUUAAAUGUACCUAUUGUUUUAUUUUAAUUACCUACAUAGAUUAUUAGUUAUAUUAUAUACAAUAAACAUUUAUAUUUUUUAUACUAUUUACAAUAUAUAUUAACAAUUUUUGG